GGUUAUAAAGUCCUCAGAGACAGGCUGGGACUGGAGGUCUCCCCAAAUCUGAGAAUAAGAUCAUGGCGCGCCGAACCCUGUUCUUGGUGCUCUUGGGGGUCCUGGCCCUGACCGAGACCUGGGAAGGCUCCCACUCUUUGAGAUAUUUCGAUAUCGCCAUGACCUGGCCGGGCCGCAGAGAGUACCAGUACAUGACCGUCGGCUACGUGGACAACACGCCGUUCGUGCUCUUCGACAGCUACUCCGCCAAUCCAAGGAUGGAGCCGCGGGCGCAGUGGAUGGAUCAGGUGGGGCCUGAGUAUUGGGAAGAUCAGACACGGGUCUGCAAAAACUCGGCACAGAUCGACCUAGGAAACCUGCGCAACCUGCUCGGCUACCACAACCAGAGCGAGGGCGGAUCUCAUACACUCCAGUGGACCCUGGGCUGUGAAGUGGGGCCGGAUGGACGCCUCCUCCGCGGGUACCAUCAGGCAGCGUAUGACGGCGUAGAUUACCUCGCUCUCAACCAGGACCUGCACUCCUGGACCGCGGUGGAUGCGGCGGCUCGGAUCACACUGCACAAGUGGGACACGGAAUUUUACAGGGCCUACCUGGAGGGCCCGUGCGUGGAGUGGCUCCACAGAUACCUGGAGAAGGGGAAGGAGAUGCUGCUCCACUAGACCCCCCCAAAGACACGAGUGACCUACCACCCCAGCCCUGAAGGAGACAUCACCUUGAGGCGCUGGGCUCUUGGCUUCUACCCUAAGGAGAUCACUCUGAUCUGGCAGUGGGAUGGGGAGGACCAGACUCAGGAGAUGGAACUUGUGGAGACGAGGCCUGCAGGGGAUGGAACCUUCCAGAAAUGGGCAGCUGUGGUGGUGCCUGCUGGAGAGGAGCAGAGAUACACAUGCCAUGUGCACCAUGAGGGGCUGCCUGAGCCCCUCACUCUGAGAUGGGAGCCACCUUCUCAGUCCACCAUCCCUGUCAUGGGAAUUGUUGUUGGCCUGGUUCUCCUUGUAGCUGUGGUCACUGGAGCUGUGGUGGCUGUUAUGAUGCAGAGAAGGAAUGCAGGUAGGGAAAUGGAGGGAUCUGAGUAUUCUUGUUCCAGGCCCCUGGUAGAAGUGAACUCUGCCUCAUUAAUGGGAAGCACCAUCCACAGGCACUUGCUGACGCUCUAUUGUAUAGCACAAGGAAAAUUCAGCACAAAUUUAUUACCUUUAUGAUGGUGAUGAUGAAGACACCUGAUUCCCAGAAGUCAGAGGUCACAGGGAAAGUCACUGCUGAGGACAGACCUCCAGGAUGGCAGUUGAUUAAGUUCCUGAAUAUCUCCUUUUCUUAUGUUUCCCUGAGUCUGUGGUCGCAAUCUAGAAACUUCCCUGAGGUCUAAGACUAGGGCGUUCCUCUGGGCCCUCAUGGCCCUGCCUUCUCCUUGGCUCCUCACAGGUUGUUUUUAU